AUGGAUUUGGAAGAGUCCGCGAAUCUCGACAACCUCAAAUCCAUACAUAGUCAUGAAUUCAUGGAUGAAUUAGAGUACAUCCAAGAGACUAUUAAGCCUAAGCAAGUUGCUCAAUUUUAUAAAAUUGUUUUAGGUCAUUUCGAAAAUGAAGUUCCUGAAGAAGUUGGAAGAGCAAUUUUAGGUGCAAUAGCUAAAGUUAUUUGUAUUGAUGAAUACUUAAACAUUUUUAUUCAAACAGGAAGCCAUUUAAAUCUUCCAUACAAAAAGAAACAAUUUAUUCCCGAUAUUUACGAUAUUUUAUUUGUCAUUGUUACUGCUGCUCCAAUUGCUUUUGAAGAAAAUCUUUGCAGAGCAUUUGGUGGCAUUAUUAGACGCGAUCCUCAAAAAGCGUUAACUUUACUUGCAAUGUAUUCACAGCAUUUCAACGAAAUCGACAAUCCAUGGCCAAUGGUUGAUCUUCUAAUACAAGAAGCUCACCGUUUCCAAGGAAUUGAAACCGCAACAAAUUAUGCAACGUUAUUAGCAUUUCUCUGCAGAAAAUACCCCGAUUACUGUGAAGGACGCAGCGAACAUUGCUGGCGUAAGAUUUCGGCGCUCCUUGCCCUUAAAGAUAUUCCGACAUUAAAAUCUGUUUACUGCGCAUUAUUUUCUAUCACAGAAGUUUACAAAGAGGCAAUUUCCCCUCUUGAAUUAAUGAAACCUCAUCUCAAAAUACGAGAUCUUCAGGAUUCAGUUUUAACAUUGCUUCUUGCGGCUCCUCCUGUUGGAAAAGACACAAGAGACAAGACUUUACUUCAAACAUUAGUCAUGAUGAGUGAAAGGAAUAAGAAUGCUACCUUAGUUAUGAUGAGAAUUGCAACUGAUAACUCAUUCGCAGAAUUUUUAGUUCAAAACGCCGGAUUAUGGAUGACAAAAGAACUCCCAAGUGUUAUAGAUACCAUGAGACUCUUCUUUGUUGUCUUCGCUCAUUCAGAAAUUCGUAGACAAAUAAGUGAAUCUCCGAAAUUCAUUGAAUUCUUAAAGAUGGUCACAGAAGGAUCAUCCGGCUCAACUUUAUCAAUGAUAUGCACUAUAAUUCGAAGAAUAGACUUAAAUGAGGAUUUCAUUGCAAAUCUCUCCGAAUCUGGCUUCUUAGGAAGCUUCUUUACAACAGCUGUUCAUAUUAAAAAUGUGACAGCAAUGCAUGCAGCAUUUUUGAUGUUAGAUACGUUAGCAAAAAUUGGAUAUGCAAGAGAAUACUUGAAGAUGUGUGAAAUUGUUACUAAAACUAUUCAAGACAGAGGCGAAUUAUGCGAAGUUGCAAGUUUAGUUGCAAUUCAGCUUUGCGAGUACAAGAGAUGCGUUCAAGUGUUUAAGAAAGUAAGAUUAGAUGAGUUUAUGAAGAGAAAUCUCUCAAAUUCAAAACUUAAAGAUAAUGCCGCAAAGUUUUUAGAUGCAAUUGCGGAUGAAUAA